AUGAACAAAACCGAGGAUCAAAUAGAGGGAAUCAUUGAGGAUAUAGUUCAAAACUAUCAAUCUUGGCAUGUAGGCACAAGGAAUUAUGAUGGCAAAGGUAGGAGUGAUGAUGGUAAGGGUUCGGUGUACGCUAUGGAGCAAGCACGGAUUAUUGAGAAGCUUAGCUCGCGAUUGGAGAAACUUGAAAGCACACCAAGCCAACCGCCAUCACCAUCUACAAUUCCACCUUCUUCGGCCACUCUUCUCACUAAGGGAAGAGCAAGGGAACAUCAUGCGAAUGCUAGUCUCUCACCCCAAAGUCAUGCUCCAAAGAAAAUGAAUGCCAUAGUGACAAGUAGUGGGAGGAUUUUAGAUGAUGUUCCUAGAGCUAAUAAGGUUUCUAAGCCCAAUGGGAAGGAUCAAGAGGGAGUCAUUGAGUCUAGUGACAAUGAUGUGGUAGAAGAGGAGCCUCCCAUCAAUGAUGAAGGUGAAACUCCUAUACCAAAAGAGGCAACUCUCCUACCUCUCCCCACUCCUAAACUUCCCUAUCCCCAAAGAUUCAUAAGGCACAAGUUGGAUGUGCAAUUCUCAAAAUUCCUUGGUGUUCUUCGAAAAUUGAACAUCACUCUCCCCUUUACGGACGCAUUGAAACAAAUGCCUACCUACUCAAGGUUUCUUAAGGAAAUCUUGAGUGGGAAGCGGGAUUGUGACGUAAAGGAGACGGAGCUUGAAAUAAGCAAUGCCUUGUGUGAUUUGGGUGCUAGCGUUAGUUUAAUGCCUUAUUCGGUGUUCGCCAAGCUUGAAGUUGGUGAUCUUGUCCCAACUAGCAUCACCUUGCAACUUGCCGACCGUUCGGUCGAGUACCCUAUUGGCAAGGUUGAGGAUGUACCCUUGAGAGUUGGUGGAUUAGUGAUUCCCGUCGAUUUUGUAGUCCUAGACAUAGAUGAGGAUGUGCAUGUCCCUAUUGUUCUAGGCCGCCCAUUCUUGGCUACGGCGGGGGCCAUUCACUAG